CCUACCAUUGACCUUCAGGCUAUAUGAAACAUCUUGUCCUGGCAUGUAUGUAUAGGUGUGGUGGAGUCCUCAGUGGAAACUAGUGAAAAUGUCCGCUGAAGGAUUGCACGGGGAAGAAAUGGACCUGGAUGUGGUCGUGAUAGGAGCAGGGAUCAUGGGAUCUUGGGCUGGAUUGAAUCUCGUCAACCUCUCAAGUCAUGAUUCCUUACGAGUCGCCAUCAUUGAACAGUUCCCGCUGCCACAUGCGAGGGGGAGCAGUCACGGGCAGAGCCGGAUUUAUCGGUUGGCUUAUCCCGAGAGGCAUCAGACCGUAUUGGCCAGGGACUCCCUUCAAGCCUGGCUUCAAUUACAACACGCCCACCCCUUGGAUCCCAUCAUCACAAGGCAUGACUGCAUCCCCUCCUUUCUUUUAAUCGACCUUCAGAUACUUCCACACACGGUAAUCGUCACAAUCGACAGUGAAUGCCCCCUGUUGCGAAUUGCUGAUGAGGCCUCCCACGGGACCAUUGAGAGGUGUCUGGAUUCCCUGGCUGCAUCCUGUCCCAAGGGUACAUACCGUGCUUUGAGUAAACAAGACCUUCUCAUUGAAUUUCCCUGGAUUGUUCAUGGCCACAGUGAUCUUCGGGGGCUGCUUGACAGCAAUGCCAGGAUCCUUCGUGCUGACAAGUGUAUUCGAUAUGUUCAGGAAGAAUUUCAGAAAAAUGGAGGGAAGAUCCUGGAUGGGAUGAAGAUCACGGGAGUGGAAAUGGGUGACACGGUCACUGUGACAGGAGAAAGAGAAGGGGAAAGCAAGGAGAUCAGAUGCCGAAAUCUCAUUGUGUGUACAGGAGCCUGGUCCUCAAAUAUCUUGUCUUUCCUUGGAAUACAUCAUGCUCCCCUCCAGCCUAUGAAAAUGGCUGUACCCUAUUUCAAGAUCAAGCCAGGCCACACCCAAUCCCAGGUCUCCAUGGUGAUGGAAAUCCAGGCUCUUGGUCAUUUCUAUUCUACGCCCCAACUGGAGUAUCCUGGUCUCAUCAAGGUGGCACCAGAUCAUGGAGUGGCAGUGGACCCAGACUUGAGGGACAUGGGAGAUGUAUCUGCCGAGGUUGAGAGGACAUCUAGAUUUGUUGCAGCUCAUCUUCCUGGUUUGGAUCCUCGACCAGCUAUCGUCGAGACCUGCAUGUACACCAUGACUCCAGACAAGAUGUCCAUUCUGGAUCGACAUCCACAAUGGCCAAACAUUUCCUUUGCCACUGGAUUCUCAGGCAUGGGGUUCAAGCUAUCUCCAUAUAUUGGCAAGGUGCUGGCAUCUUGGGCAAUGGGACAAGAGGUUGCUUAUGACCUCAUUCCCCUACAACUGAAUCGCUUUGAACAAUCCCACAUUGCAUCCAACUUCUGAUUCCUACCCCUUCAAGUUCAAUUUGGCAAAAACAAAACAAUAGCUUGCUUAGUGAAGUGUUAACCUUAGUAAAGUUUCAUC